AUGGCACAAAUCGAGCAUAUAGUGCCGCAGGCAGCUCCUGCUUCUGCUCCGACGCGGGCAGAGGUGCAGCGCCGUUUGUCGACACGCUCAAAGUCACAGGGCCCACCAGUUGUUGCGCCAGCCCCCUCUGGUAACGAAUCCGACUCUUCGGUUGUAUCUUCGCCACUUCCAACAACCACUCCUUUGGCAUCUUCCCACUUCGCCACCUCCUCGCCCAUGACCUCUCCAGGUGCUGGUACCAAUCCACCAGGGCUUUCCGCCAUCGACGAGACACAUGGAUCGAGUAUAAGCCAAGACAAGGAUGUCGAUCUUGAAGACGUCGACGACUCGGACGAUGACGUCUCUCACAGCAAGGCGGACGUCGAGGGCCAGCGCGUACACAAGUCUGGGUGGCUCAUCAAGAAGCAGGAGCGUCGCAAGGCCUGGAAGAAGAAGUGGUUCGUGCUCCGUUCGACAUCCCUUGCGUACUACAAGGACAACAAGGAGUACUCGCUGUCGCGUGCCAUCGAGCUCACGAGCGUUCACUCGGCUGUGCCAGUGACACAGGAGAAGGCCAAGCAUCCUUUCUCGUUCGCUGUCGUUACGUCGGACCGUACCUUCUUCCUUGAAGCCUCAUCAGCAGAGGAACGAGAAGACUGGGUUGGCACGAUCAACAAUGUCCGCAAGCACUUGUCGGACAGGGAGGAAGAGAAGAGCCGUCGUUCCAAGUCGGUAGCGGUCCCCGUUCCAGGGCGCCCACAGCAACCAGAGCUCGAAAUCGACACUCACCAGGGUACAUGGACGAGCAGCUUCUCUGCUACAACGGCCAUGUCCGUGUCUCCGACUGCAGGGUCAUACUUCCACCGGAACGCACCGUCGCAAUCGGCGUAUUCUCCGCCACCACCAAUUGGUCAGCAACCGCGGGCACAUAGCCCAAGCUCCAACACCAACACUCUGUCCACUCAGAUGGCAAGCAUGUCUGUGGCGCGCUCGCCAUCACAGAAAGGUCCCCCUCCCAGCGCCAUGCCACCAAGUGCUGCGUCCGUUAACCGUCGCCUAUCCAACCCCAUCAUCCAUCCACCACCAAACCUCCAGGCGAUCCAGACACCUGUGAGGACGACGCCGCGCAGAGAGCUUUCUACAGCUGCCGAGUCUCCAGCACUAGGCGCGCUGGGUCCACCACAGUCGAUACCCCAGUUGGCCAGCUCGGACGAGGAAGAAGCCAACUUCUCAGAUCCCACGCAGUGGUCUGACCCACAGCAUGCUCCCACCCCGGUGUCAGAUCCGAACAGGGUCAUCAUCGCAACGUACUUGAUGAAGAAGAGCAGAAAGACGGCACGGGAAGUCUGGCGCAAGCGGUGGUUCUACCUGACCAGCGCGGGAAUGACCUAUUCCAAGAGCCACAUGGAUGUGCGCCCUCUCAACUUUGUCCCCAUUAAAACCAUUCUUGACGUCUUCUCGGUUGAGGACACCGACGAUGACGACAUAGAUGACUCGUCCGACGACAGCCGCCCCGCGCAACCGACGCGAGGGCCAUCCUUGCGCAAGCACCGCGAGGCAACCGUUCAGAUGUCCAGCCUAGACCAGCAUAUCAUUCGCAUUGUGACCAACAAACGUCGCUUCGAUCUCUGCGCGCCGUCGGAAGAGGAAGAGAUCAAAUGGAUCGCGGCCAUCCGGGCACUCGUCAACCGUGAUCGGGAGAAGCGCCAGCCCAGUUCCCUCAAUGCCGCGUCAAUUCCAGCGAGCCUCAGGUCCGAGGCUCCGGCGAUGCUUGGCUCCAUGGCCCCACCACCUCUAAGCAUCCCGACCAUUGCGCAGCAGCCGCCGACACCAGGGAGCCAACCUCUCACUUCGCCCACAAACGUGACGCCGCUCAAGGCCUAUGCAGAGCAGGGCCAGCAGCGCACAUUUACACCAGCGCAUGGCCGGAGCCGAAGCGCGACACAGACGGCGAAGAAUGCCGUGGCUGACGUCGUGCGGCGCUUCAACGAGGGCGGCCAGUAG